ACAUCGUUUUUCCUCGUCUUGUGCAACUUUCGAUUCACCCUGGCUAAUUUAUGUCCUCUUGAGUUGACACGAGUAUUACAAAAACACUUGUUUACAAACAGAUAUCUGGUACUGAUGUCGUUUAUCUCGAAUUAAUUAUUUUCCUCAAACCCGCUUGAACAUCUGCGUAGCAUCGCCUAAACUAGUUUAGUGCAUGAUUUGAUUUGGUAUAUUAUCACCAGUCGAGUAGAUAACCAACCGAAGGAAUGCUUCAUCACUGAAAUAUUUCUUCAACAAGGUUCGUUGAUGGCCUUCAUUUUUAUACGUAAAUGGCAGAGUAUUGGUUAAGAAAGUUAACGAUGAUUGCAUAGAAAUUGCUAAUUAACUAAUUGCAAAGUUGUCAUACGAUGCCGAAAAAUACGACUGGAUUAUUGAGAAGUUUGAGAUCGCUGUUUAAAAAUACCAACUACGUGAGUGAACCUCUUCACGCAUACAUUGUACUCUCAGAUGACGCUCAUCAGAACGAAUACAUCACACUUCGAGAUGCUCGUCGAGAAUACAUCAGCGGUUUCUCCGGAUCUGCCGGAACAGCUAUCGUUACAGAUACGAAAGCAGCUAUGUGGACCGAUGGAAGGUAUUUUUUACAAGCUACUGCCGAACUUGAUGAAAACUGGACGUUAAUGAAAGAAGGUGUUCCUGAAACUCCUACGAAAGAGGAGUGGCUCGGUAAAACUCUUCCAAUGGGAGCUAAAAUCGGUUUCGAUCCGAUGACGAUGAAAUAUUCGCUAUGGAAAACGUUACAAAUAGAAUUAGAAAAGCGAAACCAGACUCUGAUUCCGGUGAAUUCAAAUUUAAUUGAUUUAAUUUGGGAAGCUCAACCUCUUCCUCCGACCGGACUGGUGGAUCCUCUACCGUUGAAAUAUACCGGUGUCACUUGUGGAACCAAGGUUAAAAACGUUCGUAAUAAAAUGUUUGAAAAAAAUGCCACCGUCUAUCUAAUAACCGCCCUCGAUGAGAUAGCUUGGUUGUUAAACGUUAGAGGAUCAGAUAUUCCAUUUAAUCCAGUAUUUUUCUCCUAUGUGAUUGUAACGCCCAACGAUGUACAUUUCUUUAUCGACGAUAAAAAAUACACGUCGGUUGUUCAACAGCAUUUCAACGACGAAAACCUUACUGUAACUUUACAUCCUUAUGAAAAAGUACAAUCGUUUUUAUCAACAUUGUUGGCUAGUGAUAUUGGUCAAGAAGGAAAAACCUGGAUAACCAGUAGUUCGAGUUACGCUUUUGCUAGUAUGGUACCUGAAAAACAACUACUCACCGAUGCUUCGCCAAUCGCUGUUAUGAAAUCUAUAAAAAAUGAAGUCGAAACUGAAGGGCUAAUAAACGCUCACAUCAAAGACGCAGCUGCCCUCUGUUGCUACUUCGCCUGGCUGGAGAAAGAAGUUGCAUCCGGAAACAUCACUGAAAUCUCCGGAGGUGAAUAUUUGGAAAACUGUCGUAGGAAACAAGAAGACUACGUUGGACCCAGCUUCGAUGUGAUAUCAGCAUCCGGUUCGAACGGAGCUAUCAUCCAUUACAAACCAAAACCGGAAACGAAUCGAGUCAUCACAACUAACGAAUUAUAUUUAUGCGAUUCCGGUGGCCAAUACAAAGAUGGAACCACAGACGUAACCAGAACGUUGCAUUUCGGUUCGCCUUCUCAGUACGAAAGAGAAUGCUUUACCAGAGUUUUCAAGGGCCAGGCUGCUUUAAAAGCUGCAUUAUUCCCCGAAAAAGUCAAAGGCAACGUUCUAGAUACAUUGGCUCGUAAAUUCCUGUGGGAUGUUGGAUUGAAUUAUUUGCACGGUACUGGACACGGUAUCGGAGCUUAUCUAAAUGUACACGAGGGUCCUAUGGGUAUCUCGUGGCGAGAAUAUCCCGAUGAUCCUGGUCUGCAAGUUGGCAUGUUUUUAUCAAAUGAACCCGGUUAUUACGAAGAUGGUAAAUUUGGAAUCAGAUUGGAAAAUAUAAUUCGUAUUAUCCCAGGUGAACCGAAAUACCCGUCGAAAACUAGAUAUCUUACUUUUGCCGAUGUAACUUUGGUUCCUAUUCAGACGAAAUUACUUCUUCCUAAUUUACUCACUAAAGAAGAGAUCUCGUAUUUGAACGAAUAUCACGAAUUAUGUCGCGAGAAAGUGGGCCGUCUGUUGAAAGAGCAAGGUGAAACGGAAGCUUUAUCAUGGCUCAUGAGAGAAACCGAACCAAUCGGAUGAAUAUUUUGAGCAGAACGUUAAUAUUGUUAAAAAUACCUCGUUUUUCGUGUGUGAUCAUCUUCUAGGAUUAUUUUCAUUUUAUUUUUUAACGCCAUCGACUAUUCGAGAUUUUUGUAAAAUUUCAUUAUCUUAACUAAGUUUUCGUGUGUAUCUAUAUUCGAAUGGUAUUCAUCGAUGUAAUUCGUUUUUUGUUUAUAUGGAGGGGCAAAGGGAGGGAUCGAUGUGAUUUUUAUUUCAAUUCAUUAUUGUGAACUAGUCCGAUAAAUGUGUUUUAUUAUUUUUUCAAUUUAAAAUGUGUCAACUAAGUAUAUAAAAAUGAUACCAACGAUGAUUUUUACCUAAUUGUAGUCUUUGAUUUUGAUAAUAAUAUUCAACAUAAUCGAUAUGGAAUAAUUUAUUGUUACCAUGUUAAUGUAUUUUUAUCUACACGCGGACUGUUUUCUGAAUAAAAUUGAUUAUACCAACGA